CAUGCCUACCGUUAUCUGCGUCUCCGGAUCAGCAUCGCCUACAGAAAUGAUGGGCAUUGUCCCAACAACCAGCGUAUACAGGCCCCAAUGCGUGUGUUUACGACUACGGUGUGCGACCUGCUGUUCGUGGACGACUGUUCACUCAAAAUCGCAACAGAUGAGGAUAUGCAAAGCAACACGAGAAUCUUCGACGCCGACUGCGCCAUUUCUGGACUAAUAAUCAACACGGACAAUGCGGUGUUCAUGUAG